UUCUCACGCCGUGCCUGUUCCUCGGUAGCUGUCGGGCUCUGACGAGAAUGAUGGAUUUUGAGAAUCUUUUCUCCAAACCCCCCAACCCGGCUCUCGGCAAGAAGCCCGCCACGGACCCUGACCAAAGAAUCGAUGGUGAAAUAGAUGAUACAGAAGUUGAAGAAACACAAGAAGAGAAAAUAAAAUGGAAAGUAAAACUGAAGUGUGAGCAAAUUUCCAAAAAAUUUAGGCACUUCGGAAACUCUACAUCACGGAAGAAUUUGCGACAUAGAAAAUCAAGAAGUAAGGACUAUGAUGUAUAUAGUGAUAACGAUAUCUGCAGUCAGGAAUCAGAAGAUAAUUUUGCUAAAGAGCUUCAACAAUAUAUACAAGCUAAAGAGAUGGCAAAUGUUACUCAAUCCUUAUCGCUUCCUGAAGAAUCUGUGAAGAAAGAGGGAGCAAAGGAUACCCAGAAAGCUGUUAAACAAAAAAAUAAAAAUAAAAACCUUAAAGCUGUUCGCAAGAAUGGUAAACAGAAGAAAAUGAAGCGAAAAUGGCCUGGCACUAGAGACAAAGGAUCAAACGCUUCCCUGAGGAACAGUGGCUCACAGGAACAGGAUGGCAAACCUAAAGAGAAGCAGCAGCCUGUGAGAAUGAGUCAGGGAUUCAUCAACCAACAUACGGUGCAACGCCAGGGAAAACAAAUUUGUAAAUAUUUCCUUGAAAGGAAAUGUAUUAAGGGAGACCAGUGUAAAUUUGAUCAUGCUGCAGAGAUAGAGAAGAAAAAGGAAAUGUGUAAGUUUUAUGUACAAGGAUAUUGUACCAGAGGUGAAAACUGUCUGUAUUUGCAUAAUGAAUAUCCUUGCAAGUUUUACCAUACAGGAGCAAAAUGUUAUCAGGGAGAAUAUUGCAAGUUUUCACAUGCUCCACUGACUGCUGAAACACAAGAACUGUUGGCUAAAGUUUUGAAUCCUGAAAAGAAGUCGUCAUGAAAAUAAAAUACAUAAAAAAGCUUUGUAUGGAUGAAGAGUGCUUGUGUCUGCCUGUUCAAGACUAUUCAACACUUGAUUUGGAGUGGUUUACAAGAUUCCUCAUUUAAAGCGCCCUCUUGUGUCAUUACAAUGAUGUGCAGCUCUUCAGUGGGUGGCGCUGAGGGAUGAAUGUAGUGUCUAAGUGAAGGGUUGGUCUUCACCAAGAUGGUUCCAGCCAUUGAAACAGGGGAGGAGCAUAUGUGACAGAGAUGCUGGCUGGUGGGUAAAUGUUGUGGUAGUAGAUUUUGCAGAAGUCUCUUCUGAUUGAUUGCGUUUUCUCAAUAAAACAGGAAGAAGGUUAGGCUGAGUGAGGAUGGAAGAGAGAAAACUACUGUGUUCCACUAGGAAGACAUUGGGAUAAUAGACAAUGAAUAUACAGCUAGAUCUUUUCAUGUCAUUAAAUACAUUCACAACAUAUUUUUAUUGUUUGCUCGCAGUUCUGUUUAAUGGCUUAAAUUAUGGUUCUGUGAUUUUUUAAAACCAGUUUCCUAUUGGUGAACAAAAAAGUUGUUUCCGAUUUCCUACUGUUAUAAAUAAAACGGAGCAGUGUCUCUUGCUA